AUGCCGACAUUAGGCUUUCUCAAGAAGAAACGGACGAAGGAGUCGCCGGGUCAAAAAGAUCUUGCCUCUCCUACUUCAACUUCUAGUCAAGCUACAAGUCCGGUGACCCCAACAUCUUCCAGAGGCUUUGAGAAUUCCAUAACCACAGUCUCCACGCAUUCUACCACACAUUCUACCACACCACAAACUCAAAGCACUUCCCAGCCUUCUGCUUCUGCUCAGCAAGAAGCUCCCACCGCUGUGGGUGAGCAACAGCCAAUGACGACGCAAGGGGUUAGUUACCAGCAGCAGGCUUAUGCUCCGAGCCAGUAUCAGGAUAUAAAAUCUGCAACUAACGCGGAUCACCAGAAUCUACCUACUAUCAACAACCUCAUCAAUCCACCUCAAACCGACGGCGCUACCCAAUCGAAGGCAGAUCAGACACCAUCCGACGCCUCGAAUGGUCAAGCCCGACAACCUGAAUCACAACAGCUGAAGCCUGCUCAGGCAAUGCCUCAAAUCACCCAAGUCAGACAAACCAAGGGCAAAUACUCAUUGGGAGACUUCGAAAUUCUGCGGACAUUAGGCACGGGCAGCUUCGGAAGAGUACACCUUGUGCAGUCGAAGCACAACUCUCGAUUCUAUGCGGUCAAGGUUCUGAAGAAGGCGCAGGUGGUCAAGAUGAAGCAAGUUGAGCACACAAAUGAUGAGAGGCGGAUGCUGCAAGAAGUCAAGCACCCAUUCCUCAUCACGCUCUGGGGCACGUUUCAAGACUCCAAGAACUUAUACAUGGUGAUGGAUUUCGUAGAAGGAGGAGAGCUCUUCUCGCUCCUGCGGAAGUCGCAAAGGUUUCCUAACCCGGUAGCCAAGUUCUAUGCUGCUGAAGUGACCUUGGCGCUGGAAUAUCUCCAUGGCAAGGAUAUCAUAUACAGAGAUCUAAAGCCCGAAAACUUGUUACUCGAUCGCCAUGGUCACCUCAAGAUCACAGACUUCGGAUUCGCAAAAAAGGUCCCAGAUAUCACUUGGACUUUGUGCGGGACACCAGAUUAUUUAGCCCCCGAAGUCGUCUCGAGUAAAGGAUACAAUAAAUCGGUGGACUGGUGGUCUCUUGGGAUCCUGAUUUUCGAAAUGCUUUGCGGAUUCACACCUUUCUGGGACGGUGGUUCGCCUAUGAAGAUUUACGAGAAUAUCCUCAAAGGACGAGUCAAAUAUCCGCCUUAUAUCCAUCCAGAUGCGCAAGACCUCCUCCAGCGUCUCAUCACAGCGGAUCUCACCAAGCGAUUGGGCAAUACACAUGGAGGCGCCGAGGGCGUUAAAAAUCAUCAAUGGUUCGCUGAAGUCACUUGGGACCGGCUGGCUAAGAAGGACAUCGAUGCUCCCUAUGUGCCACCAGUCAAAGCUGGUGUUGGCGAUGCAAGCCAAUUUGACAAGUACCCAGAAGAAACGGAGUCUUAUGGGCAACACGGUCAUGAUGAGUACGCGAAGCUCUUCCAUGACUUCUAA